UCACGUGUUGUGAUUGUUUGGAUGCGGCAGAUGUGUUAUUAUCCAAUUACUAGGUUUCAACUGAACAAAAGGUUCGUUAUUAUGGGAUCGACACAUUGACCAGUGGUUGGGUUUGACAUUUGAGACCGGAUAACAUAAUAAACACACCUCCUGUCUUUAAAGACCCCAGAAACCUGGCCUUAGGUUAAAAACUUACAUUUUUACUUAAAGUAUGGAUCCAUCUAUCAUUGAUCUCUGUCCACUGACAUUGCUAUAAAUCGACAUUGAGUCCGUCAAAUACCUCGUAUUGAAAACGUAUGAAAAUAAGUAAUCUUCAGCUGUAAUAAACGACCUAAACUGGCACGUAGUGCUUUGAUAUGUUUUAUAGAUGUUUUAAAUCUUAACCUAAUUGAUAGUCUCGCAUACCAGAAGAUUGAAGACCUCGCAGCCUACCAUUCUAGUUCAACUGGUUGCCAUAGUUAAGGGGCUCAACUGGUAGAGCAAGGCAUACACACUGCCUGGCAUAGGGAUCCUUCCAAGGUACUGUGGGCCAUUUGCCACUCGGAUCUUUGAGGAGAUGAGUGACAGCGAUGAUGACGUGCCGCGGCUGUCUGCGGACACGCUGGCUGCACUGCAGGAGUUCUACAACGAGACAUCCCACCCCGACGCCCCCACUGCUGCCUCUGCAGACAAAUUCUCUGUGGGAGCAGUAGGAGAGGACUGGGGUAUGAGUCAGUUCUGGUAUGACGAUGUAACUGCCACCCGGUUGGCUGAGGAGGUGAUCCAAGAGGCGGGAGAUGGUGGGAGGAUAGCGUGCGUGAGCGCCCCCAGUGUGUACCAGAAGCUGAAGCAGGGAGUCGUCGAGGGUUCUGACCGGAUCUCGGCCGUGUUGCUAGAGUACGACCGGCGCUUCGCCGCCUACGGCGAUGACUUCCUCUUCUACGACUACAACCAUCCGCUGGCGCUGCCCGCGGCCCUGCAGGGGGCCUUCGACAUUGUGCUGGUGGACCCCCCCUACCUCGCCCUCGAGUGUCUCUCGAAGAUCACCCAGACGGUGAAGUACCUGAGCAAGGGAAAGGUGCUGCUCUGCACAGGAGCCAUCAUGGAGGAGCACGCCGAGGAGCUUCUGGGCCUGAGGAGGUGCGGCUUCCUCCCCAAACACAACAAGAACCUGGCCAACGAGUUCCGCUGCUUCACCAGCUACGACUCCCGCCUCCUCUCGUGCUGAGCCAGGGGGGGGGGGGUCAGCCUCUGUCCUCACUCUAUCCUUUCCUGGGUCAGGCGGUUUCUGACGGUAUAGCCCCCGAUUGGUUUGGGGGAGCGUGACACCCUGAAACCCGAGCGAUCGUCGACCGUCGAAGGCUGAAAAGUUACCUGCGCGGACUGCACCUUGACCCACGAAAGAAAUGAAGACCAGAAUGGAAAGUUCUCUCGUUUCUGAAUCAAUCGGUGAUCAGAGUCUCUGCGUUCCACCAGGGAGGCUGGUCGCUCCCCUUCCUAGGACUGUAACUUACCGAAGGUUGCCACACAGAACAACCAACAGACUGAAAGACACUAAAAGAUCUUCUGACACAAUAUUGAUUGAAUAAAGUGAUUUUAAUAAAAGUCUCAUUGAGGUAUCUGACUCAUCACUGUCCGAUUC